AUGAUGCAGCAGUUUCUGCUCCUGGCCGGCUUGGCCAACCUGGCGAUGACCGCAGAGGACUGCUUCACCAAUGCACGCGGGACAUCAUGCGAUUCUGUGGUUCAUGAUAUGGAAGAAGACGCUAAGCAGGCCUUGGAUUCUACAAUUAUGGCCUGUCUGAAAGAAGUCAAAGGAGACAUGCAGGACGUGGACGACCUGAAACAAGCCGUCUGCAAGACGACGUCUAUGAGGAGGAAGUUCCUGGAGUGCUUCAAGAAUGACGUGGGUGGCGCGCUGAUCGAAAAUAGCAUCUUCAAUCAGCAGAGCCGCUCCAAGGGCAAGGAAAUUUUGAAAUGCUACGAAGCCGCACUGAAGUAG